GCACGCCAGACAUCCUCCCCCCAAUAGCGGCCUCAGACCUCUUACCACGGUUCUGGAUGCGAUGAAGAAGAUUCCUCCUAGCGCCACUUUGCAAAAAAAGAGGCGGAGGUAUUGGAUAAGAUCACCCUGGGACCCGAACGUCCCACUUUCGCGCUGCAUCACCACUCAUGGCGGCUUCGGAAAUUACCACUACAAGGCCCAACGAGAUUUUACCUUGCGUGAGUUUGCCACGAUGAACGGCUUCCCAGCAACAUACCAAUUUCAUGGCAAAAACAUCAAGAGACAGAUCGGCAACGCGUUCCCACCGUGCGUCGUCCGUGUACUUUACGGCCACUUGCUGAACUGGCUGGAAAACGAAGACAGGGCAAGGGCUGUGGAGAACCAGAGCAUGUAUGAAGAGGAGGGAGAAUACGACAUCGUAGAUAACUACGUGGAUGAUGAUGUCGAGAUCAUAGGCGAGAGGGUCAAGCGGAGAAAGAGUAGUAGUGCUUACAGUGCGGCCGACAUGAUAGAAAUCAAUGCCCCUUUCUGUAUUGACCCAAGUCAGACAACCGGGUGGCAGCACAGAAGCACUGUGGACCUAACCACGGAAUCGCCUAUGCCACUCCGGAAGAUGGAUACCAUUUGGGUGGAAGAUGACGAUGACACUGACGACAUUGAGGUUCUGCGGUGGGACGUAAGAGUAGGAGGAUGACCAGUGGAAGUCUAGGUGGAGCUUGUAAACGGAGUCUACCUGUCCUUUAUCACGAAUGUGAGUCGAGACUCCGCAAUAUAUAAC